UUGGUUUCGCUUUGUGUUUUCUUACUUUAUUUUUUAAACAAAUAUAUAAAGCCUGAUCAGAACUUGUUCGUUUUAAACUCCGACAGGGAUUUUCCAAUUCAUCCAACAAAUGGACGUAUUGUACUUGAUAGAAAAGAAAGGUUCGACAAAUGGAUUAUCGUGACGUCAGUUUUCCAACCAUCAAAACAGCUCAGGAUACUGGCUCAAAUUCCUGGCUGGCGUUUGGUCGUUGUCGGUGAUAGAAAGACCCCGUCAAACUGGAGUUUACCAGGUUGUGACUAUCUAAGUCUGGACACACAGAAACACCUGGGAUUUUCUCUAACUGACCACCUGACUUUUGGAAGCUACGCCAGAAAGAACAUUGGUUACUUGUAUGCGAUACUAAACGGCGCCAAGUUUAUCUAUGAAACUGAUGAUGAUAACAGGCCAGAAGACAACCUAGAAGGAUUUGUUCUAACUCCUAGCAUGUCUGGACUCAUGUUUGCUGGGAACAAUGUCUUUAACCCGUACACCCAUUUUGGCCAGUCGACUCUAUGGCCUAGAGGUUACCCACUCUCUCACAUAGGCAAAAAACAGAAUCGUCAGUACAAAUUCGGCAGCAGAUGGGACACGCCCACAAUACAACAAGGUUUAGUCAACGGAGACCCAGACAUGGACGCUAUUUUUAGAUUGUCUAGAAAACCCGAGUCAACCAUCCUUAACGUGACCUUUGACCCUCUAGCCCCACCAGUGAUUUUACCCGAGGGUGUGUUUAGCCCCUUCAACUCACAAAACACCCUGUUCCACCACGCCGCCUUCUGGGCUCUGUUUAUCCCGACCACAACCACAUUCCGUGUCUGCGACAUCUGGCGCGGCUACUGGGCCCAGAGGCUCAUGUGGGAGGUUGGAGGCAGGCUGGCAUUUUUCCCGGCCAACGCCUUCCAGGAACGAAACUCACAUUCGUACCUCGCGGACGCUGGGCAGGAGAAGGACAUGUACUUCCACACAGAAGAACUGCUGCUGUUUCUGAGGAACUGGUCCUGUGAGGAGAGUUUCUCUUUUUUUCAGUGUGUGCUCAAGUUGACCUCAGACAUGUCUGAACGUAACUUUUGGAAACACGAUGACGUCAAGAUGGUUAAACUUUGGUUGCAGGACCUACAGUCUAUUGGCUACCCCGAACCUACGCGUGUACAAUUUAGUCUGACUCUGUCAAAUGACGACCGUGGUUCGCCUUACAAAACAGAAGAGCGUAGUUUUUUCACUCAGCAUGCGGGAGAAAAUGAAUCCGCCUUAAAUAACGUUCUAUAUUCACCAUUAGAACAGCCUGCGCCAACAUUUAAUCUAGAUUCAACUAAUAAAAACAGGUUCAUAUUGAAAGUUGAUAAAGUACUGUCAAUGUGCGGAGAUUUAAAGAAUAUUUCUCUGACCAAAUCGUAUUUAGGUGAAACAAAAAACGCGACAUUUUUCUCUGAUAUCCUGCUUAUCAUAGUUUUCAACUUUCCCCACUACAGCAAUGUCAAACAUCUAGACACUAUCCACAGUCUUUUAUUUCCAUACAUCGUGUACUGCGGGGAUAACCAAACCAACUUCCAACAGGAGUCGGGAGAUCUGGGCAGAACUUUAACUUUUAUCGAGGUCGCAGUUAACAGAGGCUAUGACGGCUACAUGUGUGCUGUCAAGGCUAUGCAGAUGGGGUACAAGGUCAAAGGUUAUUUAAUAGCUGGUGACGACGUUCUCUUUAAACCCUGGUCCCUGUUGGAGUUAAACAAAUCCCAUGGAGGUGUAACGUUUAACCAAGUAGGCUUAUUGAAUAUAUCAGAACCAAAAAACGCUUGGUCUUGGUGGAAUAUGAACAUAGGGAGAGAUUCUUAUUUAAAAUCGGUAGAAGAUUUGAAAAACUCAAUUUUUCCUUCGGACGUGAAGAAUUACAGCGAGUUUCAAAGAACCACACUCACUCACACAAAGUCUAGUGCUUUCGCGCCAUUUGGAAUGAGCGAUUUUUAUUACAUCCCAACUGCCCUGAGAUCCUCUGCUGUUUGGUACUUCAGUAAACUCUACCAGCAUCAUCUAUUUCUUGAAAUGGCGGUACCAUUCGUGAUGUGUGGGUUGGAAAGUAAAGAUAAAAUGUUCGAAAUUGCAGGGCUCAGCGUGUGGGGCGAAGAAAGAAACAAGAUUGACAGCUUUUACCAAAAGAUUAAAUUAUAUAUACACCCAGCGAAGUUAUCUCAGACUAAGAUUGUUUCAGGAUAUUGCAAGGAUUAUUUUCCUGAAUUACUUGAGAAGAUGUUUGGCAUUAAGUAGUUGUCAAACAAUAUGACCCCUCAGUAAGUGGACGAAAGGAACAUUAUAUCACUUUUUGAUGACCAGGCCGUGUACAGAGCAGUGACAGAACUAGAAA